GGUUUGGGGUGCGCAUGUGGCUAUCAAUCUCCAGUCGAAUUGGUUCAGUUCGCCCAGUCCGUUGUAUUAUAGUUUCUGCUCUCUGCGGCUUGAUACCUCGCGUAGCCAGAAUCAGUGCGGCUCGAUACAAAAUGACCGGAAUUCCGUCCAUUGUCCACCAGGCACCGAAGCGAACUCUUGAAGACUCUACAAGCGAUAACACAAAGCGGAUAAAGCUGGACGAUAAUAGUGGAGAAAGCCCAUCGACGGGCAUCUCUUUUGCAUCUCCGCAUAUUGGGGACAUGGUCGACCUUGUUGCGGCCCGCAAACUUGUCACGGAACAGGACGUCGGCAUUACAGCCUUUGUCGAUCCAUCUAUUCCUGGGUUUACGGGUAUCUUGAAGACCAGAUUUACGGAUUUUCAGGUAAACGAAGUGACACUCGAUGGUCAAAUUGUCCAUUUGCAAUCAACUGACCCACCUCAAGAUAUAAACAAAGCUGGGGAUGAGGCCAAGGAGGAGGUGAAGGACGAGGAGCAAGGUUUUGCUGAGCUUACUGAGCUCAUCCAAGACACGGACUUCAUCGCUUCCUUCAAAGGCUUAAUUGAUUCUCUCAAAAACGGUGCGGUCCCUGCUGAGGAAUCAUCUGUAGCGGUGACGGACGGUAACGAAGACGGGGAUGUGAAGAAUAAUGAUGACACCGAACCUACAACAGCAACAAAAAGCACGCCAACGGGUUCGCUGACAUGCAACAUCAGUGAUAAAUCUGUUCGACGACAAGUGCACAUGAUCAUCAAGCGGCAUUUCGGAGAUUUGAUAGAAACCCAAGGGGGCGAAAGUAGUAUUGUAUUUGUGCCGCAAGGAAAGGACUCUGGAAAACGGUCGGACCGUCGUCAGGGCAAAGGUCAGAAGAAGGGCUGGAACAAGCGCGGGCCUACGAAACGAGAUUGGGAGGCGCGCGGUGGACAGUAUUGUGAGUUUACGCUUUACAAAGAGAAUAAGGACACGAUUAAUGCCAUCAACAUGAUCGCAAAAACGUUAAGGGUGAACUCAAAAACAUUCUCAUACGCGGGAACGAAGGAUAAGCGUGCAGUUACAACACAGAAGAUUACCGCUUGUCGGGUGAAUGCCGAACGACUGAGUCAUUUGAAUAGAUGCCUGAGGGGAAUGGCAUUAGGUGAUUUCAGAUACCGACCGGAUCAAAUCGUGUUGGGUGAUUUGAGCGGAAAUCACUUCAAAAUUGUGCUCAGAGAAGUUCAGAUGGAAUCACAGUUGAUGUUAGAGAAGGCCAUGGAAUCCCUCCGUUGUAAUGGCUUUAUCAACUACUUUGGUAUGCAACGAUUCGGUACCCGCUCCACACCCACAUACGCGGUAGGUAUCUCCUGUCUCAAAGGUGAUUUCGAGAAAGCAGUGAAUGAAGUCAUGGACAUCAAAGAAGGGGAGCGAGAAGAGUUUGUAAAAGCACGGCAACAUUGGAAGGAGCAUCGGGAUCCUGAGGCGGCGCUGGAACUAUUCCCGAAGGCUUGUCUAGCGGAACGCUCCAUUAUCGGCUUCUUCAAGAACACUGGUAGAUUAAAUGACUAUCUCAACGCGUUGGAAGCUAUCCCGCGAAAUCUGAGAACUCUUUAUCUACAUGCGUAUCAAAGCUUGGUAUGGAACAACAUGGCAUCUGAAAGGCUACGCAUGUACGGUGCAAAACCGGUUCUUGGCGACAUUGUUGAGCUAUCGGGACAAGAUGAUAGCGAAGAGUUGGACGACUCGACAGCGGAUGGACUCGGUAAUGAGGAUGCAGUCGCCGCAUUGUCAGAAUUGGAAGCAAAGAGCAAGAAACGUGAUGUCCAAGUGGCUAUACUCGAAACGGACGAAGAUCUCACAAAGUACACCAUGGAUGACGUAGUGCUGCCACUCCCUGGACACUCGGUGACAUAUCCAGCUAACGAGAUCAAGGACAAAUAUGUAAACUUUAUGGCACAACAUGGACUUGAUCCCCAUAAUAUGGUCAGAAAACAGAAGACAUUCAGUUUACCAGGAUCUUAUCGAAAGAUCCUCGCGAAGCCGAAGCACUUUGACUGGAAAUUGCUCCGAUAUGAUGAUCCGGAGAUGGACUUGCAGUUGACCGAUAUGGACCGUGUAGCCGGAAAGCCAGAACCAGAAUCUAAGGAUGAUGGGAAGCGAGUGGCGGUCGUGCUUGAUUUUACGCUCGCAUCUUCACAGUACGCGACCAUGGCUCUCCGGGAAUGUAUGAAAGUUGAUACCACCUCAGCACAUCAUGAGCAGCUGGCGCAGUAUUACGGAUCGCAGAGAACGCAGACGAAGGAGACGGUCGAGAGCGUUUAAUGCCAUUGAACAGCGCUAAUUGCAUUUAUCACGUGAAUCUCUGUUGACAUUGCUAUUUAUUUGAAUAUAAGGAUAAAGAUAAUCAGCAAUGCCGACUUCGAGCAUGGCUAUACCGGA